AUGUGUUCACGUGUAAUCCAAUCGUCCGACUGCCCCAGGUUCUGGGAGCGUACAAAAUUCUUGUGUACAUUGAUAUACGGAGCCACCAAGAUGAACUUCGUGAUGAACUACAACAUGCAGAACAUGAACAAGGAGUUACCUGAACUCCUCUCCAUGCUAAAAUCUGCUGAGAUUGAGAUACAGAAAGAGCACCAAGUGUUGAUGGUCAACAAGACCACCAGUUUCAAGAAGCAAGGCAAACCUAAGAAGGGCAACGUCAAGAAGGGUGGCAAGAAAGCUGCCGCACCUCCUGAGAAGCCUAAGGGUGGCCCUAAACCUGAUACUGAGUGCUAUUACUGCAAUGGGAAGGGGCACUGGAAGCGUAAUUGCCCCAAGUACUUGGCUGAUCUGAAGAGCGGCCUUGUCAAGAAGAAGAAAGGUAUAUCUGAUAUACAUGUUAUAGAUGUCUAUCUUACUGGUUCUCGUACUAGUGAAGCCUAG